GACACCUCUUAAGUGAAGGGCUCUUUGACUUUUCCACAGGCAGCCAGUGUUUUCCGUCUGUGCGGGCAGGGAUUCAGUUUGUUGAACAGCGAGCAUUGAUCAGGUCACAGUGGGAGGGCAGCAGAGUUUUCAGAGCUAACUAUCACAAAGAAGUGUUUUUUUUGUUUUUCGUAGCACAGCAUUUUCCUCAGGGCUGGAGGAAAACAUGGCCUCUCUGUGAACUGAAGUCACUCAGUGACUCUGGAUCUGCACUGCUGUAGGAGAUGAACAUUAGCGGGCUUUCCUCCUGGAUUUCUAAAUAGAGCUGAGUUGACAUCUGUGAGCCACUAUGGCGGACUGGAACUUGUUGGGGAAGCUGCUGGAGAGCGCACAGACACACUCCACAGUUGUGGGCAAGGUUUGGCUCACAGUGCUGUUCAUCUUCCGCAUCCUGGUUCUGGGAGCUGCCGCUGAAAAAGUGUGGGGCGACGAAGUGUCGGGCUUCACCUGUGAUACCAAGCAACCUGGUUGUCAGAAUGUCUGCUACGACAAGACCUUCCCUAUUUCUCACAUCCGCUUCUGGGUGAUGCAAAUCAUCUUUGUCUCCACGCCAACUCUCAUUUAUCUGGGCCACAUCCUCCAUCUGGUUCGCAUGGAGGAAAAGGAGAACCAGAAAGAGAAAGAGGCUGCACUCUUGAGUGAAAAGCAACAGCAGUUACUUCCCAGCAAAACCAAGAAGGCUCCAAUAAAAGACAACCAAGGCCAUGUGCGCUUACAAGGCGCACUGCUGCGAACCUAUGUGUUCAACAUUAUCUUCAAGACCCUGUUUGAAGUGGCCUUCAUUGUAGCUCAGUACUUCCUGUAUGGCUUUGAGCUUAAGCCCAUGUACACCUGCGACCGCUGGCCGUGCCCUAACAUGGUGAACUGCUACAUCUCCCGACCCACUGAGAAGACAGUCUUCAUCCUCUUCAUGCUGGCAGUGGCCUGCAUCUCACUGCUGCUGAACCUGGUGGAAAUGUACCAUCUGGGUUUCACAAAGUGUCACCAGGGGCUCCGCUACAGACGCACACAGGCUGCAAAGCAAGCCGCCAGGAACCUCGCCGAGGCAACGAUGCCGUUUGUGCCGAGCUACGAAUACUUUACCAGUCAUCCUGCCGUGACCGAGCCUUUCCCUGCAGACUCAAAGUAUGGCAUCACAGAGCCGAACUCUGCUUACACCCCUUACAACAGCAAAGUGGUUUACAAGCAGAACAGAGACAAUAUGGCUGUGGAGAGGAAAGGUAAAUCAGAGGGAGAGGAUUUGACAGAGAGGAGAACCCCCAGUCCUACCCUGGAGAUGCUUGUUGAAAAUCAGCGCAGAAACAGUCAAUCCAGCAAACACAGCAGCAACAAGAGCAGGCUGAACGACCUGAAGAUCUAGACCAGCAACUGUGUUUCCACCCAAGACUCAGGAACAACGUGCAUUUGUCUGCAAAAUCUGCGUGAGUGUUAGAAAGUGAGCAUAAAACAGAUUAUAGCUGUGAUCAAUUUGCAGGUCAAGAUUUGAGAGCACACAGCGACAGCUUUGUAAGCAGGGAACAAGUGUUGAGUGAGUUUUUGAAAACUCCUCAGCUCACGGGACUCUUUAUGUGAAUGGUUGUCCACCCACAGGCAUCAAAAGGAAAACUCCGUCAAUGGCACUUAUAAUCAAAUACAUUUUGUUUGUUUGUUUGUAAACUGGCUUAUUGUGACUCGGAAGUCAGGAUUUAAUGAAGUUGCUCGAGUGAAUUUUUUCUCUGCUCUGAGUGUGAGUUUAAAGACGGCCUAAUCACUCAAAUCACAAGUCUUAAAGACAUGUUGUUACGCUGUUUAUGUAUGCAAACAGAAUGUAGAGGGUUGUUAUUGACUGAUAUUGCUAAAGUGGCUAGCCCCGGGAUCAUUUUACGUCCAUGGUUUUUUUUCAACUUCCCUCUGCUACAUGGUCCCAUUUCCAACUUCCGACUUCCGAUGUAAAUGGAACACAGCAUGCCCAGAGUACACCACAGCUGCCAGGAGAGGGAACAACCUGAGAAACACCAGUGAGGAAACAAGAGAACACUUUUAUUUGAGCCACUUAAUACAGUUCACCUACUAAAUUCUAUGUUAGCUUAAGUCUAUAUGAUAUCUUAAAAAUGUGUUUAUCUCACUGAGUGGAAACUGAAGUUUGUGUUGAUUUGUACAACAUUCACUCUCUACCCCAAAAUUCGUAGAGAAAAUCUGUGACUUAUAUUAUAACACAUGCUGUUGGAGUUGAUGGUCCACUGCUGCCUUCAUUAGGGGAUUCAAAUGUGUUAUUUUCUUACUUAAUUGUUUGAAUUCCUUAAGUUUCCACUCAGAAAAGACAGGCAAAAUUACGUAUAUACAUAUAUAUACCUCAUU